CGACAACGUCUCGCUCGUUCAAACACAUACACUCACUUUUCUGGUGCCUUUCGUCGCUUCUCACUGCCCAGUAGUUUUCCGCAGCUCACAGCUUUACUGUCGAUAGAUAAGUCGCGCGCAAUGGCUGCCACGUACAACAGCCAGCCGACCACCAUUUACCCUACGAGCCAUGUCGGUUUCGACAGCAUCACCCAGCAGAUUGAGAAGAAGCUCGUCAAGCGGGGGUUCCAAUUCAACAUCAUUUGCGUUGGUCAGACCGGUCUCGGCAAGUCGACAUUGAUCAACACCAUCUUCGCCUCACACCUCAUGGACAGCAAGGGCCGUCUGCUGCCCGACGAGCCCAUCCGCCAAACCACCGAAAUCCAGACUGUCUCACACAUCAUCGAGGAGAACGGUGUGCGCCUCCGACUCAACAUCGUGGACACCCCUGGUUACGGCGACCUUAUCAACAACGAGCGCUGCUGGGACCCCAUCGUUAAGUACAUCAAGGAUCAACAUAGUGCCUAUCUUCGCAAGGAGCUUUCCGCCCAGCGUGACAGGUACCUCCAGGAUACCCGCAUCCACUGCUGCUUGUUCUUCAUUCAGCCAUCUGGUCAUGCCCUGAAGCCGAUCGAUAUUGUUGUGCUCAAGAAGUUGAGCGAGUUCGUCAACGUCGUGCCCGUCAUCGCGAAGAGUGACAGCCUGACGCUGGAGGAACGCGCUGCCUUCAAGGAGCGGAUAAAGGAGGAGUUUGCAUUCCACAACCUCAAGAUGUAUCCUUAUGACAAUGAGGAGCACGAUCAGGAGGAAAUUGCUCUGAAUACCUCUAUCAAGGCCAUGCUUCCUUUCGCCGUUGUCGGCUCCGAGAAGACCAUUGUCGUCAACGGCCGGGAGGUACGCGGUCGCCAGAACCGCUGGGGUGUCAUCAAUGUUGAGGACGAGAAUCACUGCGAAUUCGUCUAUCUCCGCAACUUCCUCACUCGCACCCACCUUCAGGACUUGAUCGAAACUACUGCCCAGAUCCAUUACGAGUCCUUCCGUGCGAAGCAGCUCAAUGCACUCAAGGAGAACACUACUGGUCACGGAUCACGACCAAUCUCACCUUCAGCGGAUCGGGAGCUCAGUAGGAACAGUCACCGGAUGACUAUGAAUGGAUACUAGGUGCCAUCCGUUCACAAAAUCCUUCAAUAUUGAACUCGAUGAAGAGGAGUCAUGCGGUGCUUGUGUGCGAUCCGCUAGGUUCAGGGGAAAGAGAGGAAUGAGGACAGAAGAAGUCUUGAAAUAUGAUACCAGUGCAGCAGUUAUUGGCACGAGGGGGUUUCAAGGGGACAGCGGGGAUUACUUCACCACACCAUGGUUCGAACAACCGAUUUUCUUGAAUAUUGUCUUUAGUGCAGAGCAGUAGGUUCUAUUUUCUCCACAUUUUGUUUGUUCGGUGGGUGUCCUGGAUGCCUGCGGUUCAUUAUACGGGUUAUACUAUACCCAGGCGUCUUAAUUCGUCUAUCCUUUGGAGCCGUGUGGAGGGAGCGACCGAGAGGGGUAAUGGGUCAGAUGAAAAACAUAAUAUCUCCACUUGGCUGCUGUGUUGUACCGUUCAGGUUCCCCUAGUAGUGGUCUUCGAAUUCCGCG